AUGAAGUCGGGGCUUCGUUUUCACAAAGAACUAUAUCGUAUUGAGUGUGAAUCUUACUAUGAAUGUAUCUUCAAGGCCAAGUCAACCUACCUUAAGAACCUUAUUGCAGAUGCCGAUACCAAGACGCUGUUCGGUCUUGUGAAGUCACUCUCCUCCCCGCAUCACUCGCCAAUUCUUCCUGACCAUUCAUCUGAUUGUGAACUUGCCAAUAGGUUCGCAAAGUUCUUCGUCGAGAAGGUCUCCGAUGUUGUAUCUGCCUUUUCUGAUUCAUCUUCAGCACCAGCAACCACCUCUCCAGUUGGUCCACCUCAGUGCAAUUUUUCAGAAUUUCGUCCUGUAACCGACCUGGAAGUUAAGAAACUCAUCACAUCAUUACCAUCAAAGCACUGUCAAUUGGACCCGAUCCCCACCUUGUUGUUAAAGGACACUCUUCGCGAUAUCCUUCCACUCAUCACUAAGUUGUUCAACUUUUCUUUGUCCUCCGGUCUCUUCCCCGAACCGUUUAAGUCAUCUCUACUCCUUCCUCUCCUCAAGAAGCCUGCACUCGACCCAAAUUCACUUAAUAACUACAGGCCCAUCGCAAACCUUCCUUUUUGGAUUGAGAUUCUUCGGCACACUGAGGAUCUCAGUGAACGUCCCUCUGCAUCACGUGCUUUCGCUCAGUUCAUAGAUAAGAUGAAUCAUCUGGAGAACCUCACACUCUACGGUUGGUAUCAUGAUGAAUUCUACUCAACAUCAUCGUCGAUUGCAUCAUUUACAAAGAUUGAGACUCUUCAUGACCGGUGUGAGACUCUUCAUGACCGGUGUGAGAAUCUCAGUGAACGCCCCUCUGCAUCACGUGAUUUCGCUCAGUUCAUAUGUAAGAUGAAUCAUCUAAAGAACCUCACACUCUACGGUCGGUAUCAUAAUGAAUUCUACUCAACAUCAUCGUCGAUGGCAUCAACUACAAAGAUUGAGAUUCUUUCGCACGGUGAGAAUCUCCGUGAACGCCCCUCUGCAUCACGUGAUUUCGCUCAGUUCAUCUGUAAGAUGAAUCAUCUUAAGACGCUGACACUCAGUGGUAGCUAUCAUGAUGACUUCUACUCAACAUCACUGUCGAUGGCAUCAACUACACAGAUUGAGACUCUUUGGCACCGUGAGAAUCUCCGUGAACGCCCCUCUGCAUCACGUGAUUUCGCUCAGUUCAUCUGCAAGAUGAAUCAUCUUAAGAACCUGACACUCCGUGGUAGCUAUCAUGAUGACUUCUACGUAACAUCAUCGUCGAUGGCAUCAACUACAAAGAUUGAGACUCUUUUGCACGAUGAGGAUCUCAGUGUACGCCCCUCUGCAUCACGUGAUUUCGCUCAGUUCAUCUGUAAGAUGAAUCAUCUGAAGAACCUCAGACUCUACUGUCAGUAUCAUGAUGACUUCUACGUUACAUCAUCGUCGAGGGCAUCAACUACACAGAUUGAGACUCUUUGGCAUGAUGAGGAUCUCAGUAAACGCCCCUCUGCAUCACGUGAUUUCGCUCAGUUCAUCUGUAAGAUGAAUCAUCUGAAGAACCUCAGACUCUACUGUCAGUAUCAUGAUGACUUCUACGUUACAUCAUCGUCGAUGGCAUCAACUACAAAGAUUGAUCAGAUUGAUCUUUGGCAUGAUGAGGAUCUCAGUAAACGCCCCUCUGCAUCACGUGAUUUCGCUCAGUUCAUCUGUAAGAUGAAUCAUCUUAAGAACCUGACACUCCGUGGUAGCUAUCAUGAUGACUUCUACGUAACAUCAUCGUCGAUGGCAUCAACUACAAAGCCCCCACCUCCAUACAAGUUUGAAUGUCUAUCUGGAAGUGGCACUGAUGGUGGAAAAGGUUACCAAGGGGGUGCCCAAUAA